UUCUCCGUAGCUCACACGCGUGCUCGAUCGAGGCUAGCAAUUAGGCCAUGAAGAAGCCCACGCCGGCCCCUCGUUCCGGCAGCGGUCGCGUCGCCGUCGUACCCAUGCUGCUCGUCUUCUGCUUGGCAUACGUGCUGGGCUUGGUCUCCAACGUCACCUUCGAGAACUUCUACGUCCACAACUUCCUGUCGCCAUUGCUGCUGCCUGCCUCUCGGCUGCAAACGCCACCGACAACGCCGGAAGCGGUGCCAUGCAUCCUGCCACCGUUGCCCCCUCCCGAGCCGACGCCGUCAACGGAGAGACGGCGCAUGGAGAGCGGCAGCGGCGCCAUGCACAACAUGACCGACGAGGAGCUGCUCUGGAGGGCGUCCAUGGUGCCGAGGAUCAAGAGCACGCCGAAGCACAGGAUCGUGCCCAAGGUGGCCUUCCUGUUCCUGGUGAGGGGGGACGUGCCGCUGCGUCCCCUGUGGGACAAGUUCUUCGAUGGCCACGAGGGGCUCUACUCCAUCUACGUGCACACCAGCCCCGACUACACCGGCUCGCCGCCGCCCGACUCCCCCUUCUACGGCCGUAUCAUCCCGAGCCAGAGAACGAGCUGGGGGAACAUCAACCUGAUGGACGCGGAGCGGCGGCUGCUGGGGAACGCGCUGCUGGACGUCGCCAACGCGCGGUUCGCGCUGCUGUCGGAGUCGUGCAUCCCCAUCCUGGGCUUCCCCGCCCUGUACGCCUACCUCACCGGAUCCAACACCAGCUUCGUCGACAGCUUCGACCGCCGGGACGGGCGCGCGCGGCACCGGGAAUUCUUCGCCGAGCGCAACAUCAGCCUAGCGCAAUGGCGCAAGGGCGCGCAGUGGUUCGAGAUGGACCGCGCGCUCGCGCUCGAGGUCGUCUCCGACGAGACCUACUACGGCCCGGUGUUCCGGAACGGCAAGCACGGCGUCCGCAACCUGGAGGAGCACUAUCCCAUGACGCUGGCGAGCCUGCUGGGCUGGGGCCGCCGCAACGCCAACCGGACCGUCACCUACGCCGACUGGCGGCACCCGGUGGGGCAGCACCCAAAGAGCCACAACGGCAGCGAGAUCACCGAGGAGCUCUUCGAGGAGAUGAGGCGGGGCUACGGCGACUGCUACUACAACGGCGGGGUGGCCGAGGUGUGCGCCGUGUUCGCACGCAAGUUCAAGCCGGAGGCGCUCGAUGCCCUGCUCGAGCUGGCUCCCAAGUUGUUUGCCUCUGGGAACUGAUCGAUCUGCAGCCCUGCGUAUGUUCAACGGUUCAAUAAUCCCUUUUCUUUAGUGAAGCAACCGGUUAACGUUGACUGCAACUGCAACGCACAAUCUAGCGAAUGUAUAUUACUGAUUUAUUUGAUUCGCAAGAUUUGUGAAAGAUAGUACUAGCUAGUAGAAAAAAAUAUCAGUUUUGCUAGAACUCAUU